GCGGAGAAGCCAUCUUGAAACCAACUUGGCAAACUUUUGCAAAGUGCUCUCGAAGUGGAAGCUGCGGGAGAGGCCGGGCUCGCGGUUCCCAGUGUCCCCGCCGGGGCCCCUAGGGAGGCGGGACGCGCGUCGCCCCGAGGGCCCGGCGCGGGGCGUGCGGGAGCCGCUCCCCGGCCGCGCAGGGUGGAUGCGGAGCCGUGUCGGGUGCAUGGAUUGUGCUCAGGAGCCCGGCUCGGGCUCGGGCUCCGGGCCAUGGCGCCGCCGCCGCCGCCCGUGCUGCCCGCGUUGCUUCUCCUGGCUGCGGCCGCCGCUCUGCCCGCGCUGGGGCUCCGGGCGGCCGCCUGGGAGCUGCGCGUGCCCGGCGGGGCCCGCGCCUUCGCCCUGGGGCCCGGCUGGACCUACGCGCUGGAUGCCGCGCGCACGCCGCGGGCACUGCGGGAGCUGCUGGACGUGAGCCACGAGGGGCUGCUGGCGGGGCGGCGGCGCGGGCCGGGAGGGGAGCCCCCGGACUGCGCGCGUCUCGGGGGGCGCCCACUACCCCUGCAGGUCCGCCUGGAGGCUCGCGGCGCCCCGACCUCGCUGAGUCUCCGCAUAAGGGCGCGCGCCCACGGCCCGGCCUGCGGCCCGCGGUCCCGGCGGGGACGGAGCCCUCGCGCCGAACUGCGCGCUCGGACAGUGCUCACGGUGCCGGGUGCCGGCGCCGCGCUCUGCUUCCCCGGCCCCGGCGGUGGCGGCAGUGGCGGCGCGGGCACCCUGCAUUCUGCACUCGCCGCCCUCACCACCUUCCCAGCCUGCAGCUGCCCGCCGCUUUCCCGGCCCCGGUGCCCACGCCGCCCGGUCUGCCUGCCGCCUGGAGGCUCGGCCCGCCUGCACCUACUGUGCGCCCUGCGGCGAGCGGCCGGCGCAGUCCGGGUGCAGCUGCAUCUGCAGGCGGCCGCGGCAACACCCUCCCCGUCGCCGUCGUUGUCACCGUCGCCACCAAGCCUGCUCCGGGCUGGGGCGGGGACGGCGCGACGGGCCCGACGGGGCGCGGGUGGCAGCACCAGCCCACAGUUCCCGCUACCCAGCUAUCAGGUGUCCGUGCCCGAGAACGAGCCCGCGGGCACCGCGGUCAUCGAGCUGCGCGCGCACGACCCGGACGAGGGCGAGGCCGGCCGGCUGAGCUACCAGAUGGAGGCGCUGUUCGACGAGCGCUCCAAUGGCUACUUCCUCAUCGACGCGGCCACGGGCGCGGUUAGCACAGCCCGCGCGCUGGACCGGGAGACCAAGGACACGCACGUGCUCAAGGUCAGCGCCCUGGACCACGGGUCGCCGCGGCGCUCGGGGGCCACCUACCUCACUGUCACAGUCAGCGACACCAACGACCACGGGCCGGUGUUCGAGCAGUCCGAGUACCGAGAGCGGGUGCGUGAGAACCUGGAGGUGGGCUACGAGGUGCUGACCAUUCGCGCCACCGACGGCGACGCGCCCUCCAACGCCAACAUGCGCUACCGCCUGCUGGAGGGCGCCGCUGGCGUCUUCGAGAUCGACGCGCGCUCGGGCGUGGUGCGCACCCGCGCCGUGGUGGACCGGGAGGAGGCGGCCGCCUACCAGCUGCUGGUGGAGGCUAACGACCAGGGCAGGAACCCGGGCCCCCUGAGCGCCACGGCCACCGUGCACAUAGUGGUGGAGGACGAGAACGACAACUACCCCCAGUUCAGCGAGAAGCGCUAUGUGGUCCAAGUGCCCGAGGACGUGGCGGUCAACACGGCUGUGCUGCGCGUUCAGGCCACGGACCGGGACCAGGGCCAGAACGCGGCCAUCCACUACAGCAUCGUCAGCGGGAACCUCAAGGGCCAGUUCUACCUGCACUCGCUGAGCGGCAGCCUGGACGUCAUCAACCCGCUGGACUUCGAGGCCAUCCGGGAGUACACGCUGCGCAUCAAGGCCCAGGACGGGGGCCGGCCCCCGCUCAUCAACUCAUCGGGGCUGGUCUCGGUGCAGGUCCUGGACGUGAACGACAAUGCCCCCAUCUUUGUGAGCAGCCCCUUCCAGGCGGCCGUGCUGGAGAAUGUGCCUCUGGGCCACUCGGUGUUGCACAUCCAGGCCGUGGACGCGGAUUCUGGUGAGAACUCGCGGCUGAGCUACCGCUUGGUGGACACAGCCUCAGCCUCCCCCGGGGUCGGCGGGACGGGGCCACAGGACCCUUCCGCCGCCUCCACCUCAUCCUCGCCUGGUGGCACGGUGGCGGCAGACUUCCCCUUCCAGAUCCACAACAGCUCAGGCUGGAUCACCGUGUGCGCCGAGCUGGACAGAGAGACGGUGGAGCAUUACAGCUUUGGCGUGGAGGCGGUGGACCACGGCUUGCCGCCCAUGAGCUCCUCAGCCAGCGUGUCCAUCACGGUGCUGGACGUGAACGACAACGACCCGGUGUUCACCCAGCCCGUGUACGAGCUCCGUCUGAACGAGGACGCGGCGGUGGGGAGCAGCGUGCUGACACUGCGUGCCCGGGACCGGGAUGCCAACAGCGUGAUCACCUACCAGCUGACGGGUGGCAACACCCGCAACCGUUUUGCGCUCAGCAGCCAGAGCGGUGGCGGCCUCGUCACGCUGGCGCUGCCCCUGGACUACAAGCAGGAGCGGCAGUACGUGCUGGCCGUGACCGCCUCCGAUGGCACUCGCUCGCACACCGUGCAGGUCUUCGUCAACGUCACCGACGCCAACACGCACCGGCCCGUCUUCCAAAGCUCUCACUACACCGUGAGCGUCAGUGAGGACCGGCCGGUGGGCACCUCCAUCGCCACCAUCAGCGCCUCGGAUGAGGACACCGGGGAGAACGCGCGUAUCACCUACGUGUUGGAGGACCCGGUGCCCCAGUUCCGCAUCGAUCCCGACACGGGCACCGUCUACACCGUGACGGAGCUGGACUACGAGGACCAGGCGGCCUACACGUUGGCCAUCACGGCUCAGGACAACGGCAUCCCUCAGAAAUCCGACACCACCUCUCUGGAGAUUCUCAUCCUCGAUGCCAACGACAAUGCCCCCCGCUUCCUUCGAGAUCUCUACCAGGGCUCCGUGCUGGAGGAUGCACCCCCGUCCACCAGCGUCCUCCAGGUCUCUGCCAGUGACCGGGACUCGGGUCCCAAUGGCCGCCUGUUGUAUACCUUCCAGGGAGGGGACGAUGGAGACGGGGACUUCUACAUUGAGCCCACUUCCGGUGUGAUUCGAACCCAGCGGCGGCUGGACAGGGAGAAUGUGGCAGUUUAUAACCUCCGGGCCCUGGCUGUGGACCGGGGCAGCCCAACACCCCUGAGUGCCUCGGUGGACAUCCAGGUGACCGUCCUGGACAUUAAUGACAACCCACCGGUGUUUGAGAGGGAUGAGCUGGAGCUGUACGUUGAGGAGAACAGCCCAGUGGGAUCUGUGGUGGCCCGGAUCCAUGCCAAUGACCCCGACGAGGGCCCCAACGCCCAGAUCAUGUAUCAGAUUGUGGAGGGAAAUGUGCCAGAGGUCUUCCAGCUGGACCUUCUCAGUGGGGACCUGCGUGCGCUGGUGGAGCUGGACUUUGAGGUCCGCCGGGAGUACGUGCUGGUGGUGCAGGCCACCUCCGCCCCCCUGGUCAGUCGGGCCACCGUGCACAUCCGCCUCUUGGACCAGAACGACAACCCGCCUGUGCUGCCCGACUUCCAGAUCCUUUUCAACAACUACGUCACCAACAAGUCCAACAGUUUCCCCACUGGGGUGAUCGGCCGCAUCCCGGCCCACGACCCCGACCUCUCGGACAGUCUCAACUACACCUUUCUCCAGGGCAACGAGCUCCAGCUGCUGCUGCUGGACCCCGCCACGGGCGAGCUGCAGCUCAGCCGGGACCUGGACAACAACCGGCCUCUGGAGGCUCUCAUGGAGGUGUCUGUUUCAGAUGGCAUUCACAGCGUGGCGGCCCUCUGCACCUUGCGGGUGACCAUCAUCACAGACGACAUGCUGACCAACAGUAUCACCGUCCGCCUGGAGAACAUGUCCCAGGAGAAGUUCCUGUCGCCGCUGCUGUCCCUCUUCAUGGAGGGGGUGGCCACGGUGCUGUCCACCACCAAAGACGAUGUCUUCGUCUUCAACAUCCAGAACGACACAGACGUCAGCGCCAACAUCCUGAACGUGACCUUCUCCGCGCUGCUCCCGGGUGGCGUCCGGGACAAGUUCUUCCCCUCGGAAGACCUGCAGGAGCAGAUCUACCUGAACCGGACGCUGCUGACCGCCGUGUCCACCCAGCGUGUGCUGCCCUUCGACGACAACAUCUGCCUGCGGGAGCCGUGCGAGAACUACAUGAAGUGCGUGUCGGUGCUCAAGUUCGACAGCUCGGCGCCCUUCAUCAGCUCCACCACGGUGCUCUUCAGGCCCAUCCACCCCAUCAACGGCCUGCGCUGCCGCUGCCCGCCCGGUUUCACGGGUGACUACUGCGAGACCGAGAUCGACCUGUGCUACUCCAGCCCCUGCGGGGCCAACGGCCGGUGCCGCAGCCGAGAGGGCGGCUACUCUUGCGAGUGUCUGGAGGACUUCACCGGGGAGCACUGCGAGGUAAGCGUCCGCUCAGGGCGCUGUGCCCACGGCGUGUGCAAGAACGGGGGCACCUGCGUCAACCUGCUCAUCGGCGGCUUUCGCUGCGUGUGUCCUCCUGGAGCGUACGAGAGGCCCUACUGCGAGGUGACCACCAGGAGCUUCCCACCCCAGUCCUUCGUCACCUUCCGAGGCCUGCGCCAGCGUUUCCACUUCACCGUCUCCCUCGCGUUUGCCACCCAGGAGAGGAACGCCCUGCUGCUUUACAACGGCCGCUUCAACGAGAAACACGACUUCAUCGCCCUGGAGAUCGUGGACGAGCAGGUGCAGCUCACCUUCUCAGCAGGCGAGACCAAGACCACAGUGGCACCACAGGUUCCCGGGGGUGUGAGUGAUGGGCGGUGGCACUCGGUGCAGGUGCAGUACUACAACAAGCCCAACAUCGGCCACCUGGGCCUGCCUCAUGGACCGUCUGGAGAGAAGGUGGCUGUGGUGACAGUGGACGCCUGUGACACGACUGUGUCCGUUCGUUUCGGCAGCUUUGUCGGGAACUACAGCUGUGCUGCCCAAGGCACUCAGAGUGGCUCUAAAAAGUCCCUGGAUCUAACGGGCCCCCUGCUCCUGGGGGGCGUCCCCAACCUGCCUGAAGACUUUCCAGUGCGGAACCGGCAGUUUGUAGGCUGCAUGCGGAACCUGUCUGUCGACGGCAAAAACGUGGACAUGGCCAGCUUCAUCGCUAACAACGGCACCAGGGCAGGCUGUGCGGCUCAGAGGAACUUCUGCGAGGGAGCCGGCUGUCAGAAUGGGGGCACCUGUGUGAGCAGGUGGAACACCUAUCUCUGCGAGUGCCCGCUGCGCUACGGAGGCAAGAACUGCGAGCAAGUCAUGCCUCACCCCCAGCGCUUUACUGGCGAGAGUGUCGUGUCCUGGAGCGACUUGGACAUCACCAUAUCCGUGCCCUGGUACCUGGGGCUCAUGUUCCGGACCAGGAAGGAAGACGGUGUCCUGCUGGAGGCCACAGCGGGGGUGUCCUCCCGGCUGCAUCUCCAGAUCCUCAACAGCUAUGUCCACUUUGAGGUGUCCCACGGCCCCUCGGACGUGGCUUCUAUGAAGCUGCCCAGAUCACGUGUGACGGACGGGGAGUGGCACCACCUGCUGAUAGAACUGAAGAGUGCCAAGGAGGGCAAGGACAUCAAGUACCUGGCAGUCAUGACCUUGGACUAUGGGCUGGACCAGGACACAGUGCAAAUCGGGAACCAGCUCCCAGGGUUGAAGAUGAGAAGCAUCGUGGUGGGAGGUGUGUCUGAAGACAAGGUGUCCGUACAGCGUGGCUUCCGGGGCUGCAUGCAGGGAGUGCGGAUGGGGGAGACGUCCACCAACAUCGCCACACUGAACAUGAAGGAUGCGCUCAAGGUCAGAGUGAAGGACGGCUGUGACGUGGAAGACCUGUGCGCCUCUAACCCCUGCCCUCUGCACAGCCGCUGUCACAACACCUGGGACAGCUUCUCCUGCAUCUGCGACAAAGGCUACUUCGGACGUAAGUGUGUGGAUGUGUGUCACCUCAACCCCUGCGAGCACGUGGCAGCCUGUGUGCACAGCACCAGCGCCCCUUGGGGCUACGUGUGUGAGUGCGGGGCCAGCCACUAUGGGCAGUACUGUGAGAACAGGAUCGACCUUCCGUGCCCCAAAGGCUGGUGGGGGAACCCUGUGUGUGGGCCCUGUCACUGUGCUGUUGGCAAAGGCUUUGACCCCGACUGCAACAAGACCAACGGACAGUGUCAGUGCAAGGAGAAUCACUACAAGCCCCCAGAGCAGGACAGCUGCCUGCCAUGUGACUGCUUCCCUCACGGCUCCCACAGCCGCGCCUGUGUCACUGACACGGGGCAGUGUGCCUGCAAGCCUGGUGUUAUCGGCCGCCAGUGCAACCGCUGUGACAACCCUUUCGCAGAGGUCACCACGCUUGGCUGUGAAGUGAUCUACAAUGGCUGUCCCAGGGCAUUUGAGGCUGGCAUCUGGUGGCCGCAGACCAAGUUUGGGCAGCCAGCCGCGGUGCCAUGCCCCAAGGGAUCUGUGGGAAACGCAAUCCGGCACUGCAGCGGAGAGAAGGGCUGGCUGCCUCCCGAGCUCUUUAACUGCACCACCGGUUCUUUUGUGGAGCUCAAAGUCCUGAAUGAGAAGCUGAACCGCAACGAGACCCGCAUGGACAGCGACCGCACCCUGCGCCUGGCCAAGGCGCUGCACAACGCCACGCAGCACACGCCCACGCUCUUCGGCAACGACGUGCGGACCGCCUACCAGCUGCUGGCCCGCAUCCUGCAGCAUGAGAGCCGGCAGCAGGGCUUCGAGCUGGCGGCCACGAGGGACGCCGACUUCCACGAGGAUGUUGUCCAGGUGGGCAGCAGCCUCUUGGCCCCGGGUACCAGGGCUGCGUGGGAGCUGAUCCACCGGAGUGAGGGCGGUGCCGGGCAGCUGCUGCAGCACUUUGAGGCCUACUUCAGCAAUGUGGCGCGGAACGUGAGGAGGACCUACGUGAAGCCCUUCAUCAUCGUCACCACCAACAUGAUCCUUGCCGUGGACGUCUUCAACAAGUUCAACUUCACGGGAGCUCGGGUGCCUCGCUUCCAAGACGUGCGAGAGGAGUACCCCAAAGAGCUGGAGUCCUCUGUCAUCUUCCCAGCCGACUUCUUCAAACCAGCUGAGCGGAAGGAGGGGCCCACAAUGAGGCCAGCAGGCAGGAAGGCAGCCCUGCAGACGACACGCCCAGGGCCCAGCACUGAGGGAGAGGCCCCGUCCAGGAGGCGCAAGAGACACCCGGAUGAGCCAGGCCAGUUUGCCGUGGCCCUGGUCAUCAUCUACCGGACCCUGGGGCAGCUCCUGCCUGAACACUACGACCCUGACCGCCGCAGCCUGCGGCUGCCCAAUCGGCCUGUCAUCAACACGCCGGUGGUGACCACAGUGGUGUACAGUGAGGGCACCCCACUCCCCACCCCCCUGGAGAGACCUGUCCUGGUGGAGUACACCCUGCUGGAGACCGAGGAGCGCACCAAGCCCGUCUGUGUGUUCUGGAACCAUUCCAUCAACACGGGGGACAGUGGAGGAUGGUCGGCCAAGGGCUGUGAGCUGCUGUCCAGGAACCGCACCCAUGUCGCCUGCCAGUGCAGCCAUGCCAGCAGCUCCGCCGUGCUCAUGGAUAUCUCCAGGCGUGAGCACGGAGAGGUCCUGCCCCUGAAGAUCAUCACCUACGCUGCCGUGGCCCUGUCCCUGGCCGCCCUGCUGGUGGCCUUCGUCCUGCUGACUCUGGUGAGGACGCUGCACUCCAACCUGCACAACAUCCACAAGAACCUCAUCGUGGCGCUGUUCUUCUCGCAGCUGGUCUUUGUGGUUGGCAUCGCGCAGACGGAGAACCCGUUCUUGUGCACAGUGAUCGCCAUCCUCCUGCACUACGUCUACAUGAGCACCUUCGCCUGGACCUUUGUGGAGAGCCUGCACGUGUACCGCAUGCUGACAGAGGUGCGAAACAUUGACGUGGGGCCCAUGAGGUUCUACUACGUCGUGGGCUGGGGCAUCCCGGCCGUCAUCACAGGGCUCGCAGUGGGCCUGGACCCCCAAGGCUAUGGAAACCCCGACUUCUGCUGGCUCUCCCUUCAAGACACCCUGAUCUGGAGCUUUGCUGGGCCCGUCGGCACAGUUAUAGUCGUUAACACAGUCAUUUUUGUCCUAUCUGCAAAGGUUUCCUGCCAAAGAAAGCAUCAUUAUUAUGAAAGGAAAGGGAUUGUCACCCUGCUGAGGACCGCCUUCCUCCUGCUGCUGCUCAGCAGCGCCACCUGGCUGCUGGGGCUGCUGGCCGUCAACAGUGACGCGCUGGCCUUCCACUACCUCUUCGCCAUCUUCACCUGUUUACAGGGCCUAUUUGUCCUCCUGUUCCACUGCGUGCUCAACAGGGAGGUCCGGAAGCACCUGAAGGGGGUGCUGGCUGGGAAGAAGCCGUACCCAGACGACUCGGCCACCACCAGGGCUACCCUGCUGACGCGUUCCCUCAACUGUAACAACACGUACAUUGAGGAGCCCAAUAUGUUCCGCACGGCCCUUGGAGAGUCCACCGCCUCGCUGGACAGCACCGUCAGGAACGAAGGAGGCCAGAAGCUUAGCGUGGCCUCAGGCCUGGCGCGGGGUGGCCAUGGAGAGCCAGAUGCUUCCUUCAUCCCUCGGAGCACUAAGAAGCCCCACGACCAUGACUCAGAUUCAGACAGCGAGCUGUCCCUGGACGAACAGAGCAGUUCUUACGCGUCCUCACACUCGUCGGACAGUGAGGAGGAUGGGGUAGAGGCAGAAGACAAAUGGGACCCGGCCUUGGGCCCCGUCCACAGCACCCCCAAAGUGGACACCGUGCUCAACCACAUCUCUGCUGGCUGGCCCGAUGAGAGCCUGGCGGGGAGUGACAGCGAGGAGCCUGGCGAGAAGCCCCGUCUCAAGGUGGAGACCAAGGUCAGCGUUGAGCUGCACCAGGAUGGCCAGGGCAACCACUGCAGAGAGCACCCCCCAGAGCCCGGCGGCAGCGGCGGUGGCGGGGCCCCCACCAAGCUCCCGGAGCAGAGAAAAGGCAUCUUGAAAAACAAAGUCACCUACCCACCACCACUAGUAGACAAGACACUGAAAUCCCGGCUCCGGGAGAAGCUGGCUGAGUGUGAGCACAGCCCCGCGUCCUCCCGGUCGUCCUCCCUGGGCUCUGGUGAUGGGGUCCGAGCCCCUGACGGUGCCAUCACCGUCAAGACCCCACGCAGGGAGCCGGGGUGUGAGUACCAUAACGGCAUGGCCAUGAAUGUGCGGACCGGGAGUGCUCAGGCCAACGGCUCUGACUCUGAAGGCAGUAACGAAACUUCAAUUUGAACCAUCAGGAAACUGUGAGCCAUGCCUGCCACCUCCACCCAGCACUCUGUGCUGUGUCUUCAUCCUGCCUUUGGACCCUGGAGCCCAAGGGGCCACUGCCCUUCCGGUGAAGCAAGUCCUGGUUGUGGAGGUCACUGUAGGAGCAGUUCCCUGACUGGCAGUCCAGACAUGGAGUCCUUGGCUAGCUCUAGGGUCUCAGGGCCCACGUGACUCUGGGACAAAUGCCAAAGGCCACAGGCAGGAGUCGGUGAGGACUCCUGGGCCAGCAAUGCUCCAUCUCAAGACUACAGAGCAUGCUGGCCUGGACAAGAGACCUAAUACAGAUUCCUCAAGGUUGAGGGGGAACUGCCAGGCUGAAUGUGCCAGUUUGGGGGCACUGGACACAGAGGACUAAAGGUCCAUCUGCCUGUGUUGACAUCUCCCUGUAGUCCAGACCCCUGGCAAGUAGCUCAGCAGUGCUUUAUAAAGCCAACUAUUUCCCCAUGUUCGAAGAGGUGUAUGUGUUUGUGUGUGACACUCAGGAGACAAAAACCCGAGUCCAUUUUGCAUUUGUACUGGGGCAUAUAUGGAACAACCUCUCACUAGGAAGACUGUAGUUGGACUUGAACCUGGUGAGCAUGGAUGCUGCCAGCCUCCCAGUUCACUGAAGGAACAGCGUGUAGACAAAGGUCCCCGUGAGGCUGCUUUCAGCCAGUGCCCAGAGCCUUUGGGUAUCACACAUCGCCUGCCUUGAUGAUUUUGACAAGAGUCAGGGCCAUUUGGGAUUGUGACCUGUGUGGCAUGUGUUGUCUGGCUGUGCUUGACACACUGGUCACUCCUUGGCCACCCCCUUCACUGGAUCCCCUCCAGCCCUAUAAGGCCUCCCUGGCUCCCUUCCCAGUUGGCAGGUGGGGGCUUUCCUUUGUCCCUCAGCGGCUCCUGUUCCUGGUAGGACUCAAGAGCGUUCACACACUGUGAUUCAGUGGAGGAACGAGGGCUUCCAGGGUGUCGUAGUCCUUCCUGCCAAUUUUCUGGCUCUCUUAUAGAUACCCAGGACCAGGAUCCCCAGGCAGAUUGGGGUCCCACCCCCAAGUCUGACCAAUUACUUCAUUUUGCUUCAAAUCGCCAAUUGUGCACAGGGACAAAGCCACAGCCACACUUUUCAGUGGUUACCAGGCUGCUUUUUGGGAAAUUCCCACCAAGGACUGGCUUUAACUGUCCCGCCACGGGCAGUUGGUGGUGUGGCCUGAGGGGCUGUGGACAGGAGCCCAGAAUGACUCAGACGCUAUUUCAGUGUUUCCUUUGUUCUUCAAAUCAGGUGCCCAACUAAACUAUCAGCAAAGCUGCUUCCAAAUAAGGGAAACCAUAACAUAGGGUGAGAGUUUAGCUGAACGCAAAGAUUUGCUCUGAUGAAGACGCUGGCACCAGCCUUUAUGGACAACUCAAAGUGCACCUGAAACAGGGCAGCUGCUGAGGCUUCACUACAGAAAUGAAAUGAGAUCCCAGAGUUCUGGAUCCUGAAUGAAUUAUAAAUGUGCCUUAACAGUCAAGUGGCUUUUUGAAAAGACAAACAAUGGUCUCUUCAGGUGCUCCCCCCCGGCGAGCCAUUUUCCAAUAAGAAGACAUUUGAAUCUUUGGUAUCUGAAAGCAUCCCCUUUCCUAUUACCACUUGCUAUUUUGCAACUGGAUUUUGCCCCUUGAGGUGUAGUAUUUUUAAAAAUCUGGUUAGAACUGUAAACAAAAGAAAUUAAUUCCUCGGUUUUUAUUAAGACAAGAAAAGAUGUAAACCUAUUUUUUAUGACUUCAAAACUAUGGAUGAGAUGUGACACUGGAGGAAUUUUUUUUUUUAAACAAAUGUAUAUUUAUUAAUGUUCAGAACACUGGAUGACAACUCAGAUCAGAGUCUACAAUAAAUUAAGGUUUCUGAAUUUGUA